AAUCAAUACAAUUCGAUCAUUAUUAUUAUUAUUAUUACUAGUUCCUACUAUUAACCAACAAAAAGCCAAAUCAUAUGAAGGUAACUAAUAGAGUGAUAGAAAGACACAACUAUACUAUUUGAUUAUAAUUAAACAAUUUUCAUAUAAAAUUUAAAAGAAUAAACUAUACAUUAUUACUAGAGUUUAAAAUACAAAACAAAAUACUAAAAAGAUGCCAAUAGAACAAAGACCAUAUAGUAAUACAUUACAUCAAAGUGGUGAAAGAAAAGCUGUUAUUAAAUAUGUUGAAAUGAGUAAAGAAAUGCAACAAGAUGCUGUACAAACUGCUGCAAUGGCUAUGGAUAAAUAUAAUGAUGAUAAAGAUAUUGCAUUAUUUUUAAAAAAAGAAUUUGAUCGUAAAUAUGAACCAACAUGGCAUUGUAUUAUUGGAAGUAAAUUCUCAAGUGGAUCGAUAAUUUGGAUACGUGAUCAAUUGUCCCUUGGCCACAUUUAGAUCAUUUCAGUUGACGCUCAUACAACAUUUUGUCAGUAAAUUGAGAAGUCAUAUCAACACAACACUUAAAUCACUUUUGUAUGAUAAAAUCAACAUAUCAACUUUUCAAAGCAAAAAAAUACCAGACUACAUCUCGUUUAACUUACACUUCUCCUUAUUCAUAUAGAAUCAUCGAAGUAGCUCAUAGUAUUUUUCUCGAAAUUCAUAAACACAACACAAAGUUUCAUUUAUCAACUACCUUAUUUUAUACUUAAAAACCCAUUUUAAAAUUAUAAAUAGACAAGAAUUUUAAACCUCACUUCGUUCUCUAUUCAGUUUAUUCAUGAAAGGAGAUAAACGGCA